AUGAGCCAUCCUCCAGGUCCACCACCUCCAAACUAUCCUCCACCUCCUCAAGGAUACCCACCUCCUCAAGGGUAUCCGCCUCAGCAGGGGUAUCCACCUCCUCAAGGCUAUCCUCCACAGCCUGGCUAUCCUCCACAACCUGGUUAUCCUCCACAACCUGGUUACCCUCCUCCACAAGGCUAUCCUCCUCAGCCGGCGAUGCAUAUGCCACCACCUCAAGGAUAUCCUGCUCAGCCUGGCUAUCCUCCUCCACCUCAAGGAUACCCUCCACAAGCUUUUCCUCCUCAGCCUGGAUUUCCAGGACAACCAAUGCCUCCACAUGUAGGAGUUCCACCUCCGCAUGGAGUCCCUCCACAAAUGGGAAUGCCUCUUCAUGGAGGUCCACCCAUGGGAAUGCCUCAUGGUCAAGUUGCAUUUCAUGCAAAUCCUAACUGCCAUAAAUGUCAUGGUACUGGAACGAAUAAAGGAAAGCCUUGCAAGAAAUGUGCUGAGCACGCUGGAGUCUGUGCAAAAUGCCUUGGAACUGGUUUCAACCAGAAAAAGAAUAAGCCUUGUAAAUGCAGAGAGCAUGGGCAUGUGAAAAAGGAUAAAAAGGACAAAAAGGAUAAAAAGCAUAAGCAUUAG